GAAGUUACACCAUGGAGAGCAGUUUUUGUGGAUGUGAUCAGGGCUCAUUAGCAGGAUAUCAUUUCGAUAUUAAACAUCUUAGAAAAGUAGGUCAAGAUUUUUGUCAAGCACUAUCAAUGAUGGAAGAUGGGGUAGAAGAAUGGAGUAUCGAUAAAUUACCAGUCAACGAACUGAGAAAUUAUUUUAUGCAUGACUCUAGACUGGGAGUUGAGUUAUGUUGUCCAUUAAAGUGCAUCCUACAGAAAUCUAAAAGAUCUUCGAAAUGCAUUCAGGAUAAACAUGAAAAACAUCAUUUUGUGGGAUUACCAUAGUACGAAAUAGGAGCUUCGUCGUAAAUUCUGAUAUUAAGGAAAGAAUUUAUACGUGUUGUGUAGGUUACUCGUUUAAUGUUUGCAUUAAAUAAUAUGUUUUAACAAAGAAA